AAACCAACAACUUUUCUUACUUCGAUUACCUCCUUUCAAUAAUAUACUCCCCACACUCGAAUUCUCCAAGCAUACACUCACAAUGGUGGAACACGAGCCAGAACCCAAGCGCUUCGAACCCAAGGUCCCUGUUCAGCUGGAUCCUCCAAAGGAUGAUCCGAUCACAGUGGAGGAAUUGUCCAAAUGCGACGGCACGGAUUCCAGCCGGCCAACUCUCGUCGCGAUCAAGGGAAUUGUGUUUGAUGUGAGCAAGAAUCCUGCUUACGGUCCCAAUGGCCAGUAUCACGUCUUCGCCGGAAAGGAUCCUUCCCGGGCCCUUGCCUCCUCGUCUCUGAAGCCUGAGGAUUGCAGGCCGGAUUGGUAUGAUUUGGACGAUAAGGAGAAGACGGUGCUGAGUGAAUGGUUUACCUUCUUCAGCAAGAGAUACAACAUCGUCGGAAAGGUGAAGGAUGCUACAAACUACUAGUGCGCCUGAUGACAACCUACGGUCUGUAACGGCGCUGGGUUAUGCUAUUGUAUGAAGGUACUAUAUACCCCAUGAAUUCAUGAAAUCCUACGCGAUCUUUUCCAUUGCCAAAUCGGACAAUAUAACAAGUGCUUU